AUGGCUGAAGAAUUCCAAGAAUCCGACGUGUUUUGGCCGGAGAAAUCUCGACGGAGAGAAGAUCGGCUCUACCAUAGCGUUUUCCAAGACGAAAACAUCAAUCCAACCGAUAUGGACAUCAACAACAACAACUAUGCUGCUGCUCAACAGAAGACGAAGAAGAAGAACAGCAAACAGAGAAACACAUCGCAUUCCCUUCCAGUUACUAUCCCCUGCAAUCUGAACAAUUCAUCGUUGCAUUACUCGGAAUCUAAUGAAAGUGACGAUGACGAACUCGAAGAAGCAGAAAUGGUUCCUCCUCAUUUGAUGGUCGCCGGGAGAUGUACAGGGCAAGGGCAGAUGGCUUACUCUGUUUGUACAGGAAAUGGAAGAACUCUCAAAGGUCGUGAUUUGAGCCGAGUCCGAAACUCCAUUCUUAGAAUGACUGGUUUUAUCGAGACAUAA